AUGCUCGGAGUGGACACGCACCGCGACGAUUGGGAUGGGAAGGACGAAGGGAUCGAAACGGACGAGAGCGCUACGAAGAACGGUCAGGAGCGGCCAUCAGAGGGGAAAUGCGGGCACGUGGGCACAGCCCCCGCCGGUGGAGUGCAUCAGUUGAAGACUCUGGCUGCUGCUCUCGCCCUCCCCGUCCUCGCAGAUACCAACGCACGUCCGCCUCGUCCUCGAACGAUGAAGAAGCUGUUCGGCAGAGACAAGGCAAAGAUCACAAGGGUCACGCCCGCCUCGAGGGACGUCCACACCGAUCUCGGCUCCGGCAACUCUUCAGAGGACCUCCACGCCUACUCCCUCCCGGCACCCCCGCCCCAAUCCACACAGCAGCCCCAGCUCACUCCUUCCCGUCCCCAGCCCACUCCCCACCACCACCACCAUCACCAUCACCACUCCUCCCGCGACAACCCGCAUUCCCGCGCACACUCUUCUGAUGAAGAGCACUGGCACGUCGUCGCUCCGGAACUCGCAACCCCGAACCUCGCUCCACUCGAACCCGUCCGUCCCCCGGUCAUCCCUGCAUCUCGCACCCCGUCUCUCGCACCCACUCCCCCUGGCGCCUCUCCGCCCGUUCCCAGCCCUCUCGUCCCCCGGUCAAAUUCCCCCCUACCCCCACCUUCCAUACGCUCUUCCCACACGGGAAAUCAGAAGGACAAGGGUGAACGCAGGCCCACCGCCGCGGUCAAUAUCCUCAAGGCCCUCGAUCCUCAGUUUGUCAAACCGAAUCACGAUCGCGUAGACGAGAGCCAACACACGCACAGCGAAGGCUCAGUUCGUGAGCCUAGAGAGCCCAGAGAGCCCAGAGAGCUCAGAGACGACAAGAAGGAGAAAAAGGGCUUCUGGGAAUGGGCAAGCUCUGGAGUAGAGAGGGAGAAGGAGAAGCGCGAGAUACGAGAAAAGGAGGAGGAGAGCCAUCAGGAGCUCAUGCGGAUGAUCGGCUACCUGACCGCCACGGCCUCAGAAGACUGGAACGUCGUGCUCGAAGUCUGCGAUCGCGCCUCCAUGAGCGAGGCUAACGCCAAGGAAGCAGCCAAGGCCCUACGGCGAGAGUUCAAAUACGGAGAUGCGCCACAGCAACUCUCCGCCGCCCGCCUAUGGGCAAUCAUGCUCCGCAAUUCCAACGAGCUCUUUGUGAAUCAGUGCACAUCGCGCAAGUUUCUCGAUAUCUUGGAGGAUGUCUUGACUUCAACGCGGACUUCGCCCGUUGUGCGAGAAAGGCUACUCGAUGUGUUGGCCGCCGCGGCAUACGCCUCCUCAUCUCGGACAGACGGAAAGGAAAUCCGCAACGAUGCCUUUCGCGGGCUGUGGAGAAAGGUGAAACCUCCAGGGAAGCCCGAUGAGGGUGUUCCAUUUGAUACAGACGACUCGAUGUUCAACCCCCCAGAGCCAAGACGUUCAUCUGUAUACGGCGUCCCCCCAGGGUGGGUACCUGUUCCGGCGCCAAGUCCGGCUGUGACACCCCAACCUCAGAGCCUCUCACCGGUGAUCCCAACCCCUACGCGACCCAAAAAUCCAGCGUCCAGACACCGGGUGAUCCCUCCAGACGAAGACUUCCGAAGGCUCUUGCAGGAGUGCAAGUUUGCGCACGGAAACGCGCAGUUGCUUUCGGAAGCUUUGACAUACGCUAGACCUGAGGACCUAACGGAGAAAGAGAUUAUUCGCGAAUUUUAUGAGAAAUGUCGCGCAUCGCAGGAGCUCAUAUGUGCCCAGGUGCCGUGGGCCACCGCUGGCGCCGACCGGUCGCGGCAGGCUCGAGAUCAGAAACGUGCGCGGAAGCGCGAUCCAGCGAGCGAGGGCCAUUCGCCCAGCGAAGCUAAUGCUCCGAAUGCGCUUACGAAAUCGAACACGGUGAGGCAUAACGCGGCUUCGAGAAAGGGUGGUGAGUCGCCGAAGAAGGGGGACGAGUCGCCCCUGGAGCUCACCCAAGAGGAGCACCUUCUGGCGGAGCUGUUGGACGCGAAUGAGGCGCUCACGGGGGUGCUGCUCAUGUACGACGAUAUCGAGAGAAUCGGGAUUGAGAGAGAGGCAGAGGAGAGGAGUCGGAGAGAAGUAAGAAUGGAUCGAUCGAAACUCGUGUACGACGAGAGGGAGGGCUACGUGCAUCUCGAGCCGCCACUAAACACGGUCGGCUCUUCGUCGAGAACGCCCUCACCCUCGCCUUCCUCGUCACCGUCGCUCAUCCCAAUAUCCCUGAUGCCAGCCGUACACCCAUCCUCCACCCAUCCUCUCCCCCCCAUACCAUAUCAGCAUUCGAAUAACCCGACCACAGGGACCGCCGGCAAUUUCGGCGCCCAUGUCUCACAGCAGUCGCUCCCGCCACCGCCACCAGCGCCACACGGCCCGCGCUCCCCUGGUUACGUGCCCAUGCGCCCUCGAAGUCGCACGCCCUCGCCCGAACAGUACCCUACGCAUCUGAUCGCGGACGCGAACGUCAGCCAGAUGGAGCUCACUGCAGGGAGGGUGGAGGUGGUGGGCAACGGGCUGCAGAGGCUGAAGAUCAAAGGUGGGGGGGUGGACAUCGUCGGCGGGAAGGACAGUGCGGAGGAGGAAGUGGUGCGGACGCCGGUCAAGCCCAGUUUGAAAGCGCUCGGAAAACGAAAGGUCGUCCAGUCUGAGGAACCUGAUCAGCCUUUCAAUCCGGAUGAUAUGUUUUAUGAGCGUACAGAUCGCGACAUCCGGCAGGAUGAUAGCCCAGAUUCGGAUGACGACGAGGCGCGGAGGCGACCGUGGGCUCCCGUUCACUAUGUAUAUGACGCCGUCGCGGAGCGCACCCAACAGCGUCUGCGAGAGGGUCAGCUGGCAUCGUUGGUGAACGGUGUACAUUAG